AUGAUGCUAAUUUAUUUUUUCACUCUUUUAUGGGUUACUUUGGCUUAAGAUUGCUCAUUACUGCUCUCUUUGCCUAAACCAGCCAACACUUAAGGAUAUGAAUGCUUAAUCAGCACAUCAACAACAUUCGAUGAUACAUAUUUAUAAAACAAUUGGAGAUUUUAAUCAGCAACUAUUAAUCAUCAAAUUAGCUCUGCAUAGACAUUAGUAAGAUAACCUUGCGCUAAUCUUAUUUAACCCACAAAGUAAGUUAAGAAUUCUAUUGGUAUAGCUAUUGAUAAAACAGUAUCAGCAUAAUAUUUGACUGCAAUAUAUAUAAGCUAUGACGUUUAUUUCCAAUAGAUUCCAGCAUAUUUUUAUUUUGAGGCAAGUUGGUUCGGAAGUUACUACUAUAAUGUAAAUUAUACCAGCUCAAAUUUUACAUUGUCUAACAUUUAAUAAGAUAGUUGCUCUCCAAGUUAUUAUUACAAAAGCUUCUUUGAAAAUAUAACUUACAUUCCUAAAUUUCCAAAGUCUGUUUCAACUUCCUUUUUGCUUGCACUCUACAGUAGCUAUAAUACCUACAUGAUGAACUCAAUAUCAAAUUGUCCUGUUGGCUGUGCUAAUACUUGCACUACAACUGGUUAGUGCAGUGUUUGUUCUAGUGGUUACAAUCCUGUAGGAAAUAAGUGUGUCAUAUAGUGUUAGCCUAGCUAAUAUAGGGUAUAUGACUCAGUGUCUACUAAACAAACUUGCUUGCCUUGUAUGGCUAAUUGUAAUUCCUGUUCUGAUAAUAUUACUUGCAGCAGCUGCGCUACUGGAUAUACUUAUGCGUUCGUUAAAGGUUAAAAUUAGUGCUAUCCCUCAUGCAAAUAACCUGCUUAGUAUAUAGAUCCUAAUGGAGUAUGCUAAAACUGCAUUUAAAAUUGCAGUUAAUGCUCAUAAGCUAAUACAUGCGAUGUUUGCUAAUAAAAUUACAUGAAAACUAUGCAAAAUACUUGUUUAUGUUAAGGUUAUGUAAGUAAUAAUUAAUGCUUAUCUUGUUAUGAUUAUUGCUAAACUUGUACUGAUGGAUAAAAUACAAGUUGCUUAUCUUGUAUCAGUAAUUAUUACCCAGUUAUGAAUUCUUAGAAUCAACUAUAAUUCGAAUGUCUUUAAAUAUGUCCAAAUAAUUAUUAGUUAAUAAAUAAUACAUGCUAAUUAUGCAAUUAAAUUAUUUACAAUAGUUGUUUUAAUUGUCCUAAUACUUGCAGAUCUUGCUCAUUUUCUUCCUUAUAGAAUAAUUAAUGCUUAGAUUGUAACGAUGGGAUGUAAAUGGACCCUUCUACUAAAUUAUGCUAAUGUAAACUUGAUCCAAGAAAUCUGGAUUUCUACUACUGUAGUUUUAAUAAAAUUGCUGUAGUAUAAGCUACAUUUUCAAGCACUACUCCAACUUUAACUCUAGAAUUUGGAAUUAAUUUAGUUUCUUAAGCAGACUUAAAAUGUAGUUAGAUAUUUGCAGCUUCAACGCUUAGUCUUUUAGGUUCCAGUUCAUGUUCAAUUAGCUCAUCUUAAGUGAUUGUCUAUUUAAGCUAGGAUGCAUAAAUUAUGGUUAAUGACACUAUCAGCUUAACUACAAGUUCUUAAGUACUUUUAUUUUAAAAAGCUCCUUUGCCAAUAGAUACAAUAUAUCUUAUUUCUGUUGUUUAAGAGUCUAUUCCUCAUUAAGUUAAUGUUAAAUAUAGCUAAAUUAUCAACUCAUGUAAUGAUAUCACUUUCUAAAUUUAAAAAUUGUAAAACGAUGCAGGAAGAGGUUUUUUAUUUUUAGAAUGGAAAUUAGCUUAGCCACAAUCAUUUGAUUAACAAACUCUAUAAAAUUUAAAUUCCAUCCUAUAAAAUGCUAAUGCGUAAAAAAAUUAUACACUAGUAAUACCUAAAUAUGUUGUUCCAGCAAACACAAAUAUCACAAUUUAAUUGUAUUACAUGCUUAAAGUAUAUUCAACUGAUACUUUGUCAUUUACAACCUUCAACUAAAAAGGCAAAUAAAUUGCUGUAAAUUCCAUUUAAAAUUAAUAUCCACCGCUCUACAGAUACUUGGAUUUAAUAAUACAAUUUCAAUUUAAUUCAUUUGAGUGCGAUCAAACGGGAUUGCAACUCAGUUAAGAUAUUUAUGAUAUAGAAAUUACUUCCCAAUCUCUUCCAUCUUUAAAUAAUAACUGGAUGAAAUUCAAUUAGCAAGUUUUGAAAUUUGAAAUUUAACCAUACUCAGUUCCUUUCAACUCAAGUCUAGAUAUUCAGUUAUUUAUAUACCUAGAUAGCAAUAAAAAUGUUAACACCACAUACCAAUUAUCUAUUCCUUACAAGAUAUCUAACCUUUAGACAAUGAUUUUGAAUGGAGCAAAAAUGUUGGCUGAUUAUAAAAGUGAUAUUACUAUUAGCGGAAGUGUUAGAGAUUUAGAAGUUCAAGAUCCUAAAUCACCUUAAGGCAUAAAUUUAAGUUGGUAUUGCUACUCUAUAGGAUCAGAUAUGGGAGACAAUUAAUGCUAUACUUAUUUGAAAUCAGUUUAUGAUGUUCCUUAAAAUGUUUUAAGCUUUAAUAUAUCUAGUGGCACAUUUAAUCCUUAUCAAGUUCUCUAAUUUACAUUAUCUGGUUCUAAAGAUAAAAGAAUUACCAAUGCUACUCUUUUAAUUAUCUUAGCUGAAAUAAAUCUACCUCCUCUACUCGUUUAAUUCGAUGAUCCCUCGUAAAUUGAUCAAGUUAAUAUUAAUGAGGAUAUUUCUGCAACUCUUGUAUAUGGUUCUAAUGUACCAUCGGAUAUUUUAACAUAUGCUGGUGCUAUUCUCUACAACAACUAAGUCGUUGGUGUAAUUAAGUUUGACUUCUACAAAGUUAAAUUCCGUAUUUGGGAUUAUUUCUCAAAUAUAAAUAUAGCAAAUCCUGUUGUUCAAGUAAGAUUUACUGUUUACAAUCCUGCUAAUAUUAUGCCAAGUCUCAGUGUGACAAACUUCAACAUUAAUAUACCGCCAUAAAACUGUGUACUUUCUAUUUCUCCUUAAAGUGGAUUCACAUUGACAACAAAAUUUGUUAUUUAAUUUACUGGAUGCUCAAGUCCAAAUAACCCUUUGACUUACUAGUUCUUUUACUAUAAUCAAAAUUCCGAUUUAAAAUAAGAAAUAUAAAUCCCUUAAAAUAUUUUAAGAAGACAAUUUUAAGAUCAAAAUACAAUAAAUUAAGUAACAACAUAUCUUCCAUCAGGAAACAUAGUCAUUUUAGGUUAAGCAAUGGACUCUUAUUUAGCUGUGUACAACACUACUUUAUAAGUGAGUGUUUCUCCUUUCUAGGGAAGUGAAUAAAAUUUAUUGGAUUUAUUAGAUGAAUCUCUUUCUGAAUAAAAUACUGACUUACAAACCAGUUAAAUUAUAAAGAAUUUAUGUGUUAUUGGUGAAGAAUUAGCUAAAAAUAAUACUCUUUAUUAUCUUGAUUCAAUUAGUUAAAGAAAAUUGCUCUUGAUAUCAGCGAUUAUCAAGAUGACUAAUUUGUUGCCUAGCUCUUCCUUUUUAUCAACUUUCUCUAAUAAAAUUAUAGCAAAUCUUUAAUUGUCAUUAAGCUCUUAAUAUUAAUAAUAAAAUUAAAAUAUUUUAAAUCAAGUUAAUUUAGUUUUGCAGAAGCAAAAGCAAUUAAUUGCAACAAAUAACUUGAACAAUAAGCUUUAAAAUAACAAUGAUAUAAUUCUUUAAAAUUUGGUUGAUUCCUUUAAAAUUUUAAACUCAACUACAUUAACUAUAUCUCAGACUCUCUAGUAAAUCAGUAAUAACAAUGGCAAUAGACUUUUAAGCAUGUAAGAUGAAAUCACAUAUAAAAAUACAAUUGAAUCUUUGAGAGCUCUUGCUUCUUCUUUUCCUCAAGAUAUCUUACAAUAAUAAAUGAACAUUUCAGAUUAAAUAGGAAAUCUGCUAAAUAACAUCACACUUCCGAAUUAAGGGCCAUUAUAAUUAGAAGGAAACUUGAUUUCAAUAAACACAGAGCAAAUAACUGCAAAGAACCUUCAGAAUUACUAUUAUAUGCAAAAUAAGCCUUUGAAAAACGAUUCAAGUAUUUACAAUGUUGUUAUUACUAACUAUUCUUCAAAUCCUUUCAUUAAAACUCCAGGAUUUCAAUCAUAUAUAGCUCAAAUAGAAAAUUCAACUCCUGGCAUACAAAUUUCUUUGAACUCAGUUGUGAAACCACUAGUUUAAAGUAUAGACAAUACUCCAAGCCCUAAUUUAAACAAUUCACUUGAGCUGUAAUUUUCUAAUAUUAAAUAAUCAAAGUACAAUUUAACUUGCUUGUAAUAAUAAUCUGAUUAAAGUUGGCUUUAAUCAUAGUGUUAUUUGAUAAAUUCUACUGAAAUUGGAUCAUAUACAUGUAUUUGUAAAGAUCAACGUCCUACAACAGUAACAGAGGAUUUAAGAGAACUUUUAAUAAAUAAGAAUUUACAAACUGCUUUUGGCUCUUAAGGAAUUAAAAAUAUUUCUAACUUCACAACGUUCUAUGAAUAUGCUGUAUUUUGGGUACUUAGCUCAGUAACGUUGAUUUAGAUUGGAUUAUGCAUAUUUGGUUAUUUAUUAGAUUAAAAAAAUUAAUUUUCGUCUAUAAUCAGUGGGUCUAUGUCAACAGUAAGCCCAAUUUCUUUAGCAAAUAUAAUAAAAACUGAACAAAAUAUUACUGAUGAAUAACAGUAACUAAAAAUGAAUUAAUUAAAAUAGCAAUCAUUAUAAUUUUAGCAAACAAAUUCAAUUCAGGAUUAAUUUCAACCAAAAUCACAGUCACAAAGAGGGAUACAAUCAAAUAUAAAUUUAAAAAGACCUGAAUAAAAUUUUUAAGGUGAAAGCAAACUAAUUAUUUAGUAAAACUAAGAAAUAUAUUUUGAAAGGAAUAAUGAUAAAUAGUAGAACUUUUAAGGAGAGAAUGAUAACCAAAGCAUCUAAAGUAUUUAUCUUAAUUAAUAAGACUAAAAAGAAGUUCAGAAAAUAGAUUAGUCUGAUGAAAUUCUUUAAAAAAAUAAAGACAAGUAAAUAAAUACAUCAAACACCAAUCAAAGGAUCAAAGAAUACACAAAAGCUUCUUCAAGCCUCAAUAUGGAAAAAAAUCCUCAUUUUUCACUCAUUUAGCAGCAUCUUUUACGUACAUGA